AUGGCGGCUCCAGGUGGGCCUAGCCCACAGCAGAUUGCUGCUAUGCAGCAGCAGUUCGCCGCGGAAGCAGCGAGACGAGGAAUGACCCCCGAGGAAUUUGCAAGACAGCAGCGCGAACAACUGAAUGCAGAGGCCGCAAAGCACGGCAUGACGACCGAACAAUACGUUCAGCAGUUGAGGAUGCGAGCUAUGGCCGCGCACCAGCAGCAGAUGGCCCAGCAACAGGCUCAAGCAGCGCAGCAGCAGGGACAAGCGGGCCCCCAGCAGCAGCAGCAACAGCAACAACAACAACAACAACAACAGGGGCAGCCUGGACAGCCCUCUCCACCCCAGCAACAGAUGCAGCAAGUCCCCGUGAACCCGUCGAAUCCUCCCGACCCUAAAGCGAUCGCGGUCGCCCAGUUCCUACGCUCCCAGAACCUCAAGUCUCGCACGUGUAUCCUGGACGGACAAAGAAAGGACAUGUUCAAGGUCAAACGCGCCAUCCGCGCCCUCGAAUCCCCCGCCUACGCCAAAGCCGCCGCCAAAAAGAACUCCCUCCUUCCCCCCGUCACCGACCGCGCCUCCGCCGAAAACGUCUUCAAACUCCUCCCUCUCUCUCUUCUCGCCCUGCGCGUCUCCAAAGUCGACCCGCACGCUGGCCACAACCACGCCAAACCAAAGACCCGCGUCAAGGGCCUCUGGACCGUCAAGAUCGAGCAGCACCAGGAGACAGAUCCCAUGAUGCACUACGUCUGGCUCUACGAGGGACCACAGUGGAAACAGAAGGCCAUGGCCGCUGCCGUCGUGGCAGGUAUCUUUGCGGUUGUCCUCUUCCCGCUGUGGCCCAUCAUGCUCCGCCAGGGCGUCUGGUACCUCAGCGUCGGGAUGAUGGGUCUGCUGGGUCUCUUCUUCGCCAUGUCCAUCUUCCGUCUGAUUCUGUUCUGCGUGACCGUCUUCGUCGUGCCUCCUGGCCUCUGGUUGUUCCCUAAUCUCUUCGAGGACGUCGGGUUCAUCGAUAGCUUUAAGCCUUUGUGGGGUUGGCAAGAGAGCAAGAAGAAGAAGAAAAAGUCCAAGAAGGCCGUCGCUGGCGCUGAGCCACAAACUGCAUCCGGCAAGGGGGAUGACUCUACCCCUUCCGCGACCACAACAGCAACACCUGCCGCAGAUGCCUCCGGUGUCGUGAAGCGCGAUCUAGCGCCCAAGGUGGAAGAAGCCACUGAGGAGUAA